UGCACACCGUGCCAUUGUGCUCUGCUCUCUGGUUGAAGUCACUCGUCAUGCCCACGCAGGGAAGAGCCAGGUGAACCAAGGGCCAGUUGAGGAGGAAAAACGAGGUGGACUGAGAAAUAUGGGUGAUGCUCGGCAAAAAGGAAGACUUGAAGCGCGCCCCGAAAACAAAAAGCGUGGCAAAGAAUCAGAGCAUUCCUACCAUUCAUUACCUCUUUACAAAGAAUCUGGUUUUUGCUCCUACGUCCUACCGUCACACGCCAAAACCCUCUUCGCUCACUUAUACAGACUUAAAGAGGAAGAGUUACUCCUGGACUGCACUUUAGUUAUCCAAGGAAACACCCUCCGAGCCCACAGACUCGUGCUGGCAGCUGCCUGUCGAACCCCAGGGUUAUUUUUGGGACCAAAACAAAAGCACGGGUCUGGACUGGAAGAAUUAUCUCGCCGUUUGACCCCAAUCGGGUUCAGGGCCGUUCUGGAGUUUGCAUAUUGUGGACAUGUGGCCCUGGACUUGAGGAAAGAGGGGGAAAUGGAGGAGGUGCUGAAUGCGUGUCAAUGUCUGAGGAUGGAGAGGUUGAGGGAGAAAUACAUGUCAAGAGCUACAACCGCCGCUGCGGUGGAGACAGAAAAGAGCCUGGCCUCCAUCAGGGACAUGAGGGAGAAAGGAAUAGGGUGCGACGUCACCAUCCAAGCGGAAACUGGAGAGAGAUACUCAGCUCACCGUCUGCUGUUGGCAGCUGGUGGGGACUAUUUCCGGGCACUUCUUUGCGGAGGUUUACGGGAGAGUAGAGAGGACGUAGUGUGCCUGCGAGGUGUGCCAUCCUGGGUGAUUGAAUCCAUCCUCCAUUUCUUCUACACGGGACAGCUCAGGCUGAGCUGGAGUCAGAUAUGGGAAGUGACAGCUGCAGCGCUUCAGUUCCAGCUGGAGGGGGCGCUUUCACUCUGCAUCCACUUUCUGCGGGACAGGAUGGGGGAAAGCACCUGUCUGGAAAUUCUGGUCUUGGCUGAGACUUAUGGACUAGUGCAACUCGGGGAGGCCGCAGAGGAGUAUGCUCUUGCCCACUUCCAGGAUAUUUCCACUGGGGAAUGGUUCAAAGAUGUCCCAUUCCUGCUCCUGGACAGGCUGCUUGAGAAGGACUCUUUAUGUGUUGACGGAGAGAUUGUGGUGUUCAGGUCAAUAGUGCAAUGGGUAGCGGACCACCCAAACGUGCGACUCCCACAUCUGUCCAGCCUGCUCUGCCGGGUUCGUAUCACACUGCUCAGCAUCUCUGAGCUGCAGGAGGCGCUUAGCUGUAGCCUCUUAUACAGGAGUUCUGAAGCUAAGGACACAGUGCGAGCUCUUCAAAGCCUCUUGGAAGGGGAUUAUAGGGGACCUGAAAGUCGACCUCGCACCCCAAACCAGGUUCUGGUUUUGGUUGGCGGAGAUACUGUUGAUGACGAUUUCAUGAAGAGGGUUCCUAGCCAGACCUUGUGGUUCGCUCAGAGGUUCCAUCGUGGGCCCGACCUAAUAAGAAGCAUAGAGUGGAAACCAUUGACAAAGUUGCCUGAACCAGCUCGGUUCAGGCAUUCUGUCUGUCUCCUAAACAACAAGUUGUAUGUCCUGGGAGGACGCAAGUAUUACGGAUCACUGGAUAUCCUGAAGUCCGUUGUAAGAUUUGACGUGAUGCAGCGUAAAUGGGAACGACUUCCCGACAUGUUGUCCCAGAGGGAUUACUUUUCCGCUGUGUGCCUGGACGGGAAGAUUUUUGCUAUUGGUGGAAACUGUGAUGACCACCGAUAUCUGGAUGCAGUGGAGUGCUACAGUCCUGAGGACAAGACCUGGAGGCUGGCUCACCCUGUGGACACUGCUGUCUGUGGCCACGCUGCUGCUGUACUGGAUGGGCAGAUCUUCAUAUCAGGUGGCUGUGACUCCAAUCACCGUUGCCUCUCCUCCAUGUGGAGCUAUCAUCCUUUCCACGGCUGCAUUCCCAGAGCCCCAAUGAGUGUGGGAGCAGGACGUGCAGGCCACGUCAUGUUAGCUUCCGGCGGCAAGUUGGUGGUAGCUGGAGGGCUACAGCCGCUCUGGAUGGGCUUUGGAGACCAACUCCUCUGCGAGUUCUAUGAUCCAGGAUCCGACUCAUGGUCCUGUUUUCCCAUCCUGCCUCGACCCCAUCUGUCUCCAGGGGCAACUGUACUUGGUGGACGGUUGUAUGUGGCAGGGGGGUCUUCAGCAAGCACAGCCAGGGAUACCAAGUGGGUGCAUUGCUAUGACCCCAAGAAAGACUGCUGGGAAAACUUGGGUGCCAUGCCGUUCCCAUACACUGACCUGGCAAUUUGCUCUUUACCACUCCCUAACCCCUAAUCUGAUUUGCAUUACAUGGCACAGGCAUAAGUCCACAGUCUGGACAGAUUUUUCUAUUUGGCCAAACUUUUCCAAAGCUGUUUAGCCAUUCCAGUUACCAGCCCUCCAAGUGAGAGGGUUUUGUUAUUAAUACUAUGUGAAAACAGCAGAUGAAGCUUCAUCUGUCAUGCAUCUAUGCCCUUAUUAUGAUUUAAAAAAUGAAACUGUGACUAAGUACUCAGUUGACAUGUAUUAAAUUUACAGGUUCCUUAGUGAGUUGUCCUAUAUGAGUAUUACACAACCACUGGAAAGAGUAAAAGUUUACUCUAGCCCAGUGGUUUUCAAUCUAUUUUCAACCUGCUAGCUGAGUAAACAAGUUUAAUGCAGGUUUCUUCCCUGUCACACUCAACAUUAGCAGGACAGACUGAACUGGAA